AUGCUCGCAUGCGGAGAGCAGGCAGAGGCUGGUCGGUGGAGCUCGUGGGUGAAGUGCGAGGAGCACGAAGGGAUCAAGAGCUGCGUGGCCCGCAACGUCUGCUGGGACGUGACGUCACGAACUCUGAGGGUCUUCGACUCCAGCGACCAAGACGUCUCCUUCACGACGUACUUGGCAGCCAAGUACCCACCCUACUCGACCCCUGAAGAGGCUCUGGUAGUGGAUGGGUCCGCGGGGGAAUGCGAGGGGUGCGUCUUCCUGAAGGGAGUGUACGGUCUGGUAGGGCGAUAUUUUGCGCACAACAGAGGGCAUGUGCUGGGAGAUGAAGUGUGGGCGAUGUUCCAGGCGCUGAGCUUGUGGGGGAUGGAGGAAGAGUACCGGAACAUGCAGGUCAUCCUCCACGAGGACGCGCUGAACGCUGACGUGUUCGAGUUCGUGAACGCUCGGCCUGUGUGGACAGUAGGGACCGUGAUCAACCAGCACGGGGGCUUCUUGUGCAUGGAGACUGUCGUCUUCGGCCUUGCCCACCUCGGGUAUGCGUUAGGACACUCGUGCGGGGAUGGAAGGAGCGUAACGUGCAGGCCAAAGUUCCUUCCUCCCUUCCAGGUCAACGUCCGACGCUUUCGCCUCCUUGCCAUGGAGCUGCACGGCAUAAGCGAGCGAGCACGACCUGAAGUCGCCCAGGUUGUUGUGACGCGAAAAGGUCGCAAGGCUCUCAACCCUGUGCGCCUAGUCAACACAGAGGAAGUCGUGGCAGCUGUGAAGAGCCUUGGAGUCGCAGUCCUGGUCGCUGACUGGUCGACGAUGAGCAGCAAGGAGCAACUCGCGCUCAUGUCUCGGACGGACGUCCUGGUGUCACUGCCGGGGAGCGACACGAUGAACGCGAUCUGGAUGCCGUGGGACCGUUCGCUGGUAACGCCAUGCCGCAUCUACAUGGACGGGAGGGUCGACGAGGGAAACGAGACUGAGAUCUGGUUUCGCUACAUCCACAAUGUGACGCGCUGGUGCGGCUUCGACAGGUCCAGGGACGUGGAGCGAGUCAAGGGAGAAAGUCACAUGAGGGUGCCGGUGGAGGUGGUGAAGGCGCUGGUGGGAGAGCAGCUGGGAAGGUUGAGCGACAAGGGGUACGUACUGCCGUCAGUUCCCAGUGGGGGCGAAGGAAGGAAACCAUGA